CGGAGGAGGCUGGCGGAGGGGAGGGGGCGGGGAUUCAAGAUUCCGAGGUGGGGAUUUGGGAGUUUCUGGAUUCUUUAUCUCGGGUGUGAAGCGCUGCCGGAGGGCUGUCUCUUCCUGCGGUGCUUAGCAGCGGCCGCGGCGGGAGGCUGGGCGCUCGUCGUGGCGCGGAGGCACUUGAGAGGCAGCACAGUGCAUUUGCAGUGCUUGUACCCACUUACAGUGCCGACGGACAAGAAGUAAGAAAGUUAGCCUGAGUUUUUUGAAGGACCAAAAAGACAAGGUUUUUUUCCAGUUUGCAUAAUGUACUAAGGAUCAAACACAGGGGUACUGUACCACUGAGCUACAACCACAGGCCUUUUUAUUUUGAAGCAAUCUUGAUAAGUUGCCUGAGCCAGUCUUGAACUUGUAAUCCUCUUGCUUUACCUCCCUCAUUGCUGGGAUCAUAGAUUUUCCUCAUGGAUAUUUUUCAUAGCAUUAUUAUGUGAUGUGAGAAGGUUUUUUUUUUUUGAAGUAAACAUGGAUUUUAUACUACAGAAUCAAGAAAAUUGGCAUUAUACGAAAAAUUGAUUUAUAAAAAGUGGUACAGGUUUUUAUAGAUAACCAUGACAACAUCCUAUAUGAAUGGGCAUGUUACAGAGGAAUCAGACAGCGAAGUAAAAAAUGUUGAUCUUGCAUCACCAGAGGAACCUCGGAAGCACCGAGAGAUGGCUGUUGACUGCCCAGGAGAUUUGGGCACCAGGCUGAUGCCAGUACGACGAAGUGCACAGUUGGAGCGCAUUCGACAGCAACAGGAGGACAUGAGACGCAGGCGAGAAGAAGAAGGGAAAAAGCAAGAACUUGACCUUAAUUCCUCCAUGAGACUUAAGAAACUAGCCCAAAUUCCCCCAAAGACUGGAAUAGAUAACCCCAUAUUUGACACAGAAGAAGGAAUUGUCUUAGAAAGUCCACAUUAUGCUGUGAAAAUAUUAGAAGUGGAAGACUUAUUUUCUUCACUUAAACAUAUCCAACAUACUUUGGUAGAUUCUCAGAGCCAGGAAGAUAUUUCACUGCUUUUACAACUUGUACAAAAUAAAGAUUUCCAGAAUGCAUUUAAGAUACACAAUGCUGUCACAGUACACAUGAACAAGGCCAGUCCUCCUUUUCCUAUUAUCUCCAACGCCCAAGAUCUUGCACAAGAGGUACAAGCUGUUUUGAAACCAACCCAUCAGAAAGAAGGACAGGAAUUAUCUGCUUUGCUGAAUGCUCCACAUAUUCAGGCACUUUUACUGGCCCAUGAUAAGGUUGCUGAGCAGGAAAUGCAGCUAGAGUCCAUUGCAGAUGGAAGAGUUUAUGAAAGCAUUGGCCAGUAUGGAGGAGAAACUGUGAAAAUAGUUCGUAUAGAAAAGGCUCGUGAUAUUCCAUUGGGUGCCACAGUUCGUAAUGAAAUGGAUUCUGUCAUCAUCAGCCGAAUAGUAAAAGGAGGAGCUGCAGAGAAAAGUGGUCUCUUACAUGAAGGAGAUGAAGUUCUAGAGAUUAAUGGCAUUGAAAUUCGGGGGAAAGAUGUCAAUGAGGUUUUUGACUUGUUGUCUGAUAUGCAUGGUACUUUGACAUUUGUUCUGAUUCCCAACCAACAGAUCAAGCCUCCUGCUGCCAAGGAAACAGUAAUCCAUGUUAAAGCUCAUUUUGACUAUGAUCCGUCAGAUGACCCUUACGUUCCAUGUCGAGAGUUAGGUCUGUCCUUUCAGAAAGGGGAUAUACUUCAUGUGAUCAGUCAAGAAGACCCAAACUGGUGGCAGGCCUACAGGGAGGGGGAUGAAGAUAAUCAGCCCCUAGCUGGGCUGGUUCCAGGGAAGAGCUUUCAGCAGCAAAGGGAAGCCAUGAAGCAAACUAUAGAAGAAGACAAGGAGCCAGAAAAAUCAGGGAAAUUAUGGUGUGCAAAGAAGAAUAAAAAGAAAAGGAAAAAAGUCUUAUAUAAUGCUAAUAAAAAUGAUGAUUAUGACAAUGAGGAGAUUUUAACUUAUGAGGAAAUGUCACUUUAUCAUCAGCCAGCAAAUAGGAAAAGACCUAUCAUCUUGAUUGGUCCACAAAACUGUGGCCAGAAUGAAUUGCGUCAGAGGCUCAUGAACAAAGAAAAGGACCGCUUUGCAUUGGCAGUUCCUCAUACAACUCGGAAUAGGCGAGACCAUGAAGUAGCUGGUAGAGAUUACCACUUUGUUUCCAGACAAGCAUUUGAGGCCGAUAUAGCAGCUGGAAAGUUCAUUGAACAUGGUGAAUUUGAGAAAAAUUUGUAUGGAACCAGUAUAGACUCUGUACGGCAAGUGAUCAACUCUGGCAAAAUAUGUCUUUUAAGUCUUCGUGCACAGUCUUUGAAAACCCUCCGGAAUUCAGAUUUGAAACCAUAUAUUAUCUUCAUUGCACCCCCUUCCCAAGAGAGACUUCGGGCCUUAUUGGCCAAAGAGGGCAAGAAUCCAAAGCCUGAAGAGUUGAGAGAAAUCAUCGAGAAGACUAGAGAGAUGGAACAGAACAAUGGCCACUACUUUGACACAGCAAUUGUGAAUUCAGAUCUUGAUAAAGCCUAUCAGGAGUUGCUUAGAUUAAUUAACAAACUUGAUACUGAACCUCAGUGGGUGCCAUCCACUUGGCUGAGGUGAAGGAACAGUCAUUCUGUGGCAGUAGUAGACUUGUUAUGGCAAACUGCCAAUAUGAAGGUGGCCGAUACUUCUGCAAGAUGGAAGAUAAGGUGGGAGGCGGCAGGAUAAGAUACAGACCUGUUAUUAGAUCUCUUAAACUUGUGAAAAGAAAGUCCCCAUAGGCAAUUUGUGCACAGCAUUCUUUAUGCUCUACACAUGGCUUUAGGGACUCUUGCCUCCUUUGGUGAUUUUAAAAUGGAAGCUUUCAACAGCAGUUCCAUUUUAUCCUGUUAAAACUUUAUUAAUCACCUAACUACAUCUUUUCUGCUUGGUCAUACUUCUGUGAAAAAUUUGUAUGUAUAUACGCAGUAAUCCAUGGCUCACAUAGUUACAAAUAUUGACAUUAUUUAACAUUAACUUAAAUGACUUCUUGGGAAUAUUUGGGGGAACUGUGCUUCUGUGCACUGGGCAAAACAGCAGUUGCUUAAGAGACUGGUUUACCCAUCAGAAGUACUUUCUGAGGGCCGGGGAUUUAGCUCAGUGGUGCUGCAAGGUCCCAAGUUUGAUCCCCAGUACCAAAAACAAGAACUUUCUGAAAAAAAGAAGAAAAAUGUUGCCACUUUGGUUUGAGCUACUUGUUAAGCCUUGAAUUCAUCUGGAUGUCUUCUAACUCUAAAAACAAAAAUUCCAUUAGAAGUCUCAGGUUUUUUUUAACUUCAGCUUUGUGGAUCAGACCACAUACUCAGCAGACUCUAAUGUAGUUAAAAGUAUACAAAAUAUGCUGAUCUUUUUAAAGUUACAAUUUUGUGAAAUUUUUGCAAGUGAUUUGAUAGCCUUGCUUCCUUUCUCUGAUCUGAAGAGUACAACAGAAUGUAUAAGGUACAGUGUUUCUUCAUAAUGCAAAUAGUUUUUUAUGUACUUGGGAGGACAUAACACAUUUCACAGUUUUUGCAUUUUUACAUAUGAGCACAGUAUUUGUCUAACUGUGCUACAUCUGUAAAUAACUGGAAUUAUGUUGAUGAAUAUAGCUGCUGUACUGUAUACUAAUAUUUAAUAGAUCAAUGAUCAUUGAUAAUACUUGUUCAGCAUUGGAAUAAAAUUACACACACACACACACACACGCACACACACGCACACACUAGGGGAACAGCAUGACAACUGACUUUGAGAUCAGAAGGAAAGGAUGACCUGAAAGUCAUUUGAACAUUUUAGGAAAAGGAAUUGGAGGAAAAAGUUAUUAGGCAUAUAGAAACAAGUUUUUCUCCUAACAAGAUCUGCUUUAUGACCAGAAUGCAACAGCUUUUAAGCUAACAUGAUUUUUAUACUGUCUCUAUAGCCAUAGCUUUAAAAUUGUAAUUGGCAUGGAAAGUUAAUUUGUCAUCUUUCAGGCCUUUAAGGACAGUAGGAUGUGUGACAACCUCAAAUAUGAAUGCCUUUUUAUUUUUAUGAUGACUUUAGCUACAUUUCCUGUUCCCAAAGCUAAACACUGGAAUAAUACUGACUUAUCACUUAAUUUAACACAAGCAAUUGUUAUUAAUGAGGUAGUCUCACUAUCAUGUAUAUAGUAGUUUUUUCUCUUCUACAUAAUUUUAUUGGAACAAAUGUAAUCAGUUUGUGUGUUGCCUUUUCUGUUCAAAUUUGCAUGGCCUCUUUUAGUUGAUGGGGAGUAUGUCUUAUUUGGAAAUAUUUUCAAGAUAAUGUUCCUUAGGAAGAAAAGUAACAUUUGUGGGUCGAGGAAAGGGAUGCUGUGCCUACCCUCUCCUCAGGUCUGAAACACUCCAGCUUGUAGCAGGAAAAUACAAAGAUCACACCCAUUUUCAGAUUUGAGAACUGAGGAAUAUACUUAGCACUUAAUCUUUUCAGUUUUCUACAGUUUACUUUCUCAGGAAUGAAAGGCAGUCUGUGGUUGACAGUGGAGUUUUGUGACCUGUAUAUUGUAACUGAUAAGUAUUUUCAAUACUUACAGUUUAUGUUAGGUUCACGCGAGGUUUUAGUGUCAGUGAGUGGCUAUUGUGCCACCUGCCAACUUAGGGCCGCCGGUAGGGCUAUGUCCUAUAAAGACUUAGGCACGUGGCUUUCAUAGACAUCCUAUACAAGACACAUGCCAUGAUGCCACUUCUAGGAACUGUAAGGUAAUAUAUUUUCAGGGUCACUGAAGCCCAGAAGUUCUCUCCUUCCUCAUUCACAGUGGUUGAAGGAUAGAAAUGUUUAUGUCUCAGUCUGUUCUAAAUCCUACCGAUACAAAUGUGCUUAUGUUCAGCAAUCCCUAAAGAAAGUGAAAACUUGAGUUGUGUUGACUUCUACAAUGGGAAAAAGCCUUGCUAUACACCUAGCUGUACAACUUCUCUGGCCAGUUCUACUUCCUGUCCCUCAGCAGUUCUACCUGGAAACUGCAGUGUCAGGAAGGCCUGAACCACUUAUUACAAGUUGAUGAAAUGUACUUAAGAAAUCUAAAUAAGGAAGUAUCUUCAUUUCCUAAAUUUUCAUGAGUCAGAACAAAUGGAAGAAUAUAGUAUUUAGAUUAAUCCAGAUUUGCUUUCUAUGAAAAUUAAUGUCUGGAUUUUUUUACCUUUUCUCAUGCCCUAAGGAAUAAGUAUUGAUAAGGAAUGAUUUGAAUGUAAUUUUAUGAAUGUGUGUGGAAAAUAUUAACCAGGGAUUUAGCCUUAAUAAAGGUAACCAUUCUGGCAUCUGUUGUUAAUCCCCAUUUGUACUCUUAUCCUGUAUCUACACUCUUUAUUUUGAAAUGUCAUACUGCACACUGUAUUGCAAAAAUUUAAAAAUUAUAUUUCACAUAAAAGCCA